AUGCAGUGUGUUGAGCAAUUGUUUUUUUGUAAAAAUACUUGCUCUAAAAAGAACAGAGAACAAUUUUUAGCAAAAGAUGAAAUUGAUUGUUUUCGGGCAAAUAUAACUGGUGGAGAUGUUACAAAUAAAUAUCCAUCCUCAGAACAUAAAUCACUUAAAGCACCACAUUUUGGAGGAAAUCGUACACCAGUUCAAUCAUCAUUUUCAUAUACUCCAGAAAUAGCUACAAAAAGUAUUACAAGUAAUAUUAAAGGAUUAUAUGGAUCAUCAAAUAAACAAAGUACAAAAUCUUCUAAUAAUAUAUUGUUAAAACAGGCACUUGCCAAUAGAAUUAACCACCCACAAUUAAAUGAAGGAUCAUCAAAAGAUAAUACUUCGGGUAGUAAUGAUAAUAAAAAAAAUAAUGAAAAAGGAAAUGAUAUAGAAAUGUCACAACAACCUGAUGAAUUAAUAAUAAAGUGUGAUGAAGUAAAAAAUAAUAAAAUAGUAGGAAGAAAAAUCAGUGAUGAGAUGUCGUCAUCAAUCUUAUUAUCACCUGCCUGGUAUAGAGAUAGUGAAGGAAAGACUGGAAUAAAAGAAAAAGAAUGGGAAAAAUUGCCAAAUCAACAAAAAUGUCCUAUUAAACAUAAAAAAGAGGAUAAAACAAAAAAUGAUAAACAAAAUUAUGAAAUUGAAAAUAUUUAUGAAUCUAUUAAAAAUGAUUUUCAACCAACUACUUUGUCAGAUAAAAAUGAUAAACAUAAAAAUAAAAAUAAAUUAAAAAUUAAAAAUGAUGAAAAAAAUGGCAAUUUAGAAUCUGAAGGGGGAGAAGGUAUACAGAAUGUUGAAAUUAAUGAAUAUCUUCACACUAUUCCAUCAACAAGUGAUAAUUUUAAAAAUAAUAGAAGAAUUUCUGAUAACAGUGAUCAUAGUAAACUUUCAAGUAUGUCUAGAAAAAGUGUAACAUUUUCUGAUCAAGUUGUUAUAAAUGAAAUUUCAAGAAGAUUAGAUGUUGAUAAACAAAUUGAUUUUAAAAUUGGUGAACAUUUUGAUGAUUCUGUAGAUUCAGAGGAAGAUAUUCCAUCUACAUUAACAGCUGUAACAAUAAUUAAAAAUAAUGAUGAAUUACCACCAACACAUAUUGAUCCUUCUUUAGAAGUUUCAAGAGAAUUACAAAAAGAAUUUACUGAAUAUAAUAAUGAUAAUGUUUUCUCUAAACAACCAUUUCUUCUUGGUCCAAAUGUUGAAAAGUCUAUCUAUUUUGAUGAAACACUUGGUGCUAAUGUUUAUUUAUUAGAGGAUAACUCUUCUGAAGAUGAGUAUUUAUUUGAUUCUGCAUCAUUAAAUUUACCAGAAUCUGUUAAAAGAGCUUUAAGAGCAGAAGCAUUAGCUAGAAAAAAAGAUAUUUCAAAUUAUGAAAGAGAUAUUACUAUUGGAUGUUUAUAUGGAAGUAUGUCACGAUUACAUGCUGAUGAUAGUCCAAAUUUAUCAUUACAUGAUUUGUGUUAUAGUAAUACUGUUUCAAGAGAAGGAAGUUAUAAAAAGAAAAUUAAAGAAAAAUCUAUUAAUGAUAGGGCAUAUGAUGGUGAGGCAGGUGAAUGCAGUAAAUUAACUACAGAAAUAGGAGAUAAUUUUAUCCUAGAAAAUAACGAAAUACCUAUUGAAGAUAAUAAAAAUAAACAAUCAAAAAGUAUUAAAUAUGAAAAAUUAAUGGAAGAAAAAAAAAAUAAAGAUUACAACAUAUCACCUAGUAAUCUUCUACCAUCAUCACAUAAAAAAGAAUACAAAAAAAAUAGAAAAAAGACAAUUAAUGAUACAUCAGAGGAAGGAUUAUCUACAUCACCAGAUUCAGAAUAUGAUUAUAAUAGAAGAUUAUCAACAAUUGCUGGUUCACCAAAUCCUUCACAUAUUUCAAAAGUAUCUAAUAAAUCUUCACUUUCAUAUAAUGCACAAAAACCACCUCCUGGAAAUAUUUCUCCAUCUCGUUCCAAUUCUAUCACUUCGUCUAAUUCAGUUAAAAAACAAAAUGAUACAUUAAAUGAUAAUGAUUCUCAAACAAAACAUAAUCAUCCAAAACCAUUUAUACGUUCUGCAUCCGGUUAUUUUGAACCACCUGAUUUAUCUAAACAAAUCAUUCACCAUGUUGAAGUUGGUGAUACAAAAAGUAUUACCAUAUCAGAAGAUAAUGAUGGAGGAGAAUGUAAAAAUAUUACUAAUGUUAUCAAAAGAAUACCUAAACCAUUACCACCAAAAGAACCUGGUGGUGAAAGUAUACAACGUUCUUAUUAUGAUAAUGUUUCAUAUGGUGGUGUUUUUACACCACCAGAAAAUUUAACUAAUAAAAAAGUUAUAAUAUCAAGUAAAAAUAAAAUAAAUGAUAAUAAAGAAUUAAAAUUACCAAGAUUAAGUAUUGUUGUAACAGAUGAAGAUUCACAAACAAAAGAUAGUGAACUUGAAGAAAUUUAUAAAGAAAAAUUUAUGAAUAUGUAUUCUAAAAGAAAAGCACCAUUAGUUAUAGAGGAGUCUCAAGAAAUAGCACCAAAAGAUCCUGAUCAUUCAUAUAAUUAUGGAUUAGGACCAGAUUCAAAUAGAGAACGUAAAGGAAGUAUGACAUCAAACAGUUCCAGGGAAUCAGUUAUAUCAGCUACCAGUUACAAAGCAGAAAUUAAAGUUAGAAGAAAUUUUAACUAUUAA